AUGAGAGAAUUGAGACAGACCCAUUUCUUCCAGAUGGCAGAUUGGUGCGACAUUGAUGACAUCGGUCGCGAAUACUAUGUCUACCAAGAGAACUCAUCAGAGAAAGGAACGGAGAAGACACCAAAGAAAAAGAAGGCUUUUCAGCUCUUGAGAAACUACAUAUCCGGGUACAAGCGAUUGCGCGGAGAGAAUCUGAACAAGUCAAGUGAAGAAGCUCCACAGCCCACAAAAGGAGGUAGAGAAUUAUCGACCGACGAUGUAAUGAGGAUCGCUGUGGCCCGCUACAUCCAAUUCUCACUCGAAAUGGAGGAUGGUCUCUCAAAGCUUAAGCUCCCCUUGGGUUCCAUGCUUUCAGGUUUCUCAGAUGAGGAAACUGAAGACGUGGAGCUCACCCACCUUCUUCUAGCUUCAGCUGAGAAGAUUGGCAACUGGCAGUAUGAUCAAGUGAGAAAUUUGCUCGUGCGUUGCAGCCGCCUCGGCUCCAAUGUUGGUAAUCCAGUCCAGAGAGUUGUUCACUACUUUACAGAUGCAUUGCGGGAAAGGAUAGACAGAGAAACCGGAAGAGUUCUGUUAAAGGGAUCGGAUGGAACUAGAUGGGGAGAAGGAGAAGAUGUAGAAGAAAUGCAGAUGGGUCCCGAUCCGGCUCUAUUGGCCUGCCACCAACUAGUCUCAAUUCCGGUAGUGACACAGUUCGUGGAAAUUCAGGCCAUUAUCGAAAACAUGGUGUCAGCGAAGAGGAUCCAUUUGAUUGAUCUUGGAAUCAAGGUUGGGAUGCAAUGGAGCAUCUUGAUGCAGGCUCUCAAGGUGUGA